AUGACUCUAACAGCAACGACAACAACAGCCACUCGACACUCUAGACAGUACACUCUCAAGAGCGACAUGGAUCCAAACGCCGAUAAAGAAGAGCGCAAGCGCGAGUACAAUCGCCUUGCCCAACGAGAAUUCCGCCGGAGGAGAAAGGAACACCUCAAGAAUCUGGAACAAGCACAAAAAGAGCAGAGCUCUGAACAAUCAGAAGAGAUCGAGCGCCUCCGAUACCAAAACGAAGAGUUGAGACGGGAGAAUGAGGCUCUUCGAGCACAGAUGUAUGGUUCAUCGUCUUCGUCCAGCCAUCUCAUGUCUUCAUCAAUGGCUGUCCCCUCUCUCUCAAGCGACACACGACAAUACUCGCUGUCGCCGUCGAUUUCCGGUACGUCGAUUUCCGGCACUGGCAGUCCACCUGCAACGCUCGGUGCGGACAUGAUGCCAAUGGCGGCUCUGUCCAUGUCAUCGUCGAUGCUCCCAUCAUCGAUAAAUGCUUAUGCCGAUCCUUCUGCGUUGUCAUCUCAGCCAUAUUCUAUGGGUUCGUCCGAGAUUCUCGAUCUAGAUCUUCAAUGGGAUCCGCUUUUCAGUCUAUGA